AUGGACUUCACUAAAUUCCUUAUCACACUGCUGCUGGUCUGUCUUCUAAUCUAUGAAUCCUAUGUGGAUGCAGCAUCGGAAGAACAAGAUUUCUCAAGAACUUGUUCAUCUCACCACUGCAGCAAACAUGGACCUGAGAUCCGGUUCCCGUUCCGGCUUUCGAUCAACCCACCAUCAUGUGGUGCACCAGGCAUGCAGUUAUCAUGCUCGGGGCAUGACACAAUCCUGGAUCACCAUGUUCUUGGCCCUUGCAGAGUGACUGAGAUCUAUUACAGGCACCGUGUCAUCAACGUCGUCCCGCUAGUGGAACCAUCAAUGCAAUGCCCACUUCAGAAGCUCAUCUCAAGAAACUUAGCAACUGAUGUCUACGAACAACCUCAAUCAUCAUUUCCUACAACCCUAGUACGUUGUUCAAGAGAUUUCAUACCAAUAGAUCAAGAUAGUAUAGUUGGCCCAGCCUUUUGUCUGGGCAACAACGCUAGUCAAUUCUGGUAUUUGGCAUCAGCUUCUGCAUACAUGUCUGAUGUUCCAUGGGACUGUGUGGCCGUUUCUAAAGAUAUACCGAUACCCUUCACCUAUGAUAAACAUGGCAUAAAUUACGAUGAGUUCACCUUCAAUGAAAAAGCCAAUAGAGUCAUCAACAUUGGUGAAACAACAUUCAAAUGGUACGGCAAUAACAUUACGAAUGCCUGCCAACAGUGUGAAUAUGAAGAUCAACACUGUGGAUUCAACUCACGAACGCAUCAAGCAUUCUGCCAGCAGCAAGGUACGCAUGUCAUCCUAGUUGCAGCCUCAUCUGUAGCUGCAUUUGUAGUUCUUUCAUUGAUUGUGGCCACUGUGAUAUAUCUCUCCUUGAAGUCAAGGUACAAUGAAGAGAUAAAUAUGAAGGUUGAAAUGUUUCUCAAGGCAUAUGGCACAUCGAAACCUACAAGAUACAAUUUCCCUGAUGUUAAGAAGAUAGCAAGAAGGUUCAAGGAUAAACUCGGUCAGGGCGGAUUCGGAAGUGUGUACAAAGGCAAGCUACCAAAUGGAGUACCUGUGGCAGUCAAGAUGCUAGAGAGUUCUACAGGAGAGGGGGAGGAAUUCAUCAAUGAAGUUGCAACCAUUGGACUAAUCCACCAUGCAAAUAUCGUACGCCUCUUGGGCUUUUGCUCUGAAGGAAUGAGGCGGGCUCUUAUUUACGAAUUCAUGCCUAACGAGUCACUGGAGAAAUACAUAUUCUCACACAUUUCCGAUAUUUCUCGACAGCUCCUUGCACCCAACAAAAUGCUAGAUAUUGCUCUAGGCAUUGCCCGAGGAAUAGAAUACCUGCAUCAAGGGUGCAACCAGCGCAUUCUCCACUUUGACAUCAAACCACAUAACAUCUUGCUGGACUACAACUUCAACCCAAAGAUCUCAGACUUUGGCCUUGCCAAGCUGUGUGCAAGGGACCAGAGCAUCGUCACCUUGACUGCAGCAAGAGGCACCAUGGGAUACAUCGCACCAGAGGUAUACUCUCGGAACUUUGGAGGGGUGUCUUACAAGUCGGAUGUAUACAGUUUCGGCAUGCUGGUAUUGGAAAUGGUGAGUGGAAGGAGGAAUUCAGAUCCUGGUGUUGAGAACCAGGACGAGAUAUAUCUCCCGGAGUGGAUCUACGAGAGAGUAAUCAGUGGGCAUGAAUGGGAGCUUACUUUGGAAAUGACAGCAGAAGACAAGGAGAAGAUGAGACAGCUGACUAUUGUGGCACUGUGGUGCAUCCAAUGGAACCCGAAGAAUCGGCCAUCAAUGACAAAGGUGGUAAACAUGUUAACAGGGAGGUUGCAGAACCUGCAGAUUCCCCCCAAGCCCUUUGUGUCGUCUGAAAAUCAUACUGUGCCACAAAACACGAUGAACACAUGAACACUCAUUGUGUAUUUUUAUGUAUCAUUACACAUCUGAGGGAACUUAUUCCACAUCUGUGUUGCAAACUGUAAUGCCUUGUACUUCUAUUUCGAAUGUUAAUUCGACCACAUACUGAACUGAACUACAUGGGUCACCUGAUCUGUACCUUUAUUAUUGUAUUGCUACAUGGAUCACCUGAUCUGUACCUUAUCAUGUUGUAAUGCUAUUAAUUAGAAACA